UGAUUUCAUUGAAACUUUAAUUUAUUAUUAUUAUUCAAUUGAAUUAAAUUAGAUUUAUGAGUAUAAAUUUGGAUUAAAAUAAGUAAUUUUCUUUAUGUCAUUGACAAAUUAAACAAAUUACAUUUGAAUCAUUUAUUGUAUAAAUAUAACAUUUACAUAUAGUAUUAUUAAUAUUAUUGUUUUAAUAAUUACAACAUGACUGAUCGUCAUCAUCAAUAUAAUAAUAAUAAUAAUGAAAAACAUUCAGUUAUAGAUGGAAAUUGUACAAAAGAUGAUUGUAUAGCAUUUAGUAAUAUAAAAGAAAAUCGUACAUCUAAUACAAGUAUUUUUAUUGAUAAUGAACAUAAUAAAACUAGUCAAAAUUCAUUUCAUUUAUGGAAUUCACAUAAAUAUAAACAUGUAGACAUUUGGAGACCACGCAAUAAAUGGGAGUUUUGUUUUAUAUUUGCAGUGAUAAUUAUUGUAAUUUUAUUGAUUAUAUUUAUUAGUUUAUGGGGAGCUCAAUUAAUUAUUAAUCAGUUUAACCCUUGUUUAGAACCUACAUGUAUCAAAGUUGCUGCAGAAAUUCUUAGCAAUAUGGAUACAAGUGUAUCACCUUGUGAUGAUUUCUUUGCAUAUUCCUGCAAUGGGUGGAUAAAGCAUAAUUAUAUACCACAAGGUCAUAAUUCUUGGUCUGUAAUGCGUAAACUAUCCAAAUAUGACGAGCAUUUUACCAAAGAACUACUUGAAAAUCGUUCGCAUACAGACACUAGUCGUGGUUUCACUUUGGCACAAAUAUACUAUAAUUCAUGUAUGAAUGAAUCUGUUAUUGAAAGUCGAAGAUUGACACCUCUUUAUGAUUAUAUUAAAAAAAUAUUUAAUGGUUGGUUAUUACUUCCGAUUGGGAAUCCAGCAGCCGGGGAACAAAAUGCUAAUCUUUUUCGUCCUGGCACAUUUGAUUUAACAGAUAUGUAUUUACCUCUGUUGAAGUAUUUAGGUGCAACACCAUUAUGCCGUAUUUUAGUUGGACAAGAUCAGAUGAACUCCUCUCGAUUUGUAAUAGAUCUUACAGAAGGAUAUCUUAGUUUACAAAGAGAAUAUUAUGUAAACGAUUCCUAUCCAGCUUAUUCAAAAAAAACUGAAGCAUUUCGUCGAUUUAUGCGGAAUUAUUCCCUCUUGUUAGGAGUGCCAAACUCGUCGUUACAUGAUGUAGAUAAAAUUUAUGAAUUCGAAAAACAGAUUGCAUUGAGAACUGAAGACCGUAGCGAAAGAGACCCGGAGAAAAACUACGAACUUGUUACUCUACAAAAUUUAUCUUCUAUUUGUCCUGUGCUUAAUUGGACGAAAUUAUUUGACUAUAUAUAUGCACCACUAAACUUCAAGCUUUCUCAAGAUCAAGUGAUCGCAUUACAUGAUCGUACAUUCUUCAGAGAACGAUGUGCUUUAUAUGAAGAAUAUUUGAAAACAGAGGACGGUAUUCGAACUUUACACAAUACUGCUGUAUGGAAUUUUAUGUGGAGAACAGUCCCACGUAUGCCAAAAGAAGUUAAUGAAAUGUUGGAAGAAUACAGAGAAGCAGAACUAGGAUUGAAAGUUGAUCCGGAUCGCUGGCAGAUGUGCGUUAACGAAGUACAAGUUCCAUUCGGAAUGGUAAUUGGUAGACAUUUUGUUCACGAAAGAUUUAAUCAGAAAAGUAAGGAAGCGGCUACAGAAAUGAUAACUGAAAUUAAGACGGCAUUUAAAGAGAAUUUCGCUAGUGUCGAAUGGAUGCAAGAAGCUGAUAAGCUUAAAGCAAUUGAAAAGGUAGAUUCAAUGAAAGCUUCAGUUGGCUAUCCACAAAAUAUUGAUAAUAUAACAGAAGAAAAUAAGGCGUUUUCAUAUUUUGUUGAUUUGAAUGAAUCAACUUAUUUUGAAAAUGCAUUGUAUUGUUCUGAAGCAUUGUUUCUUGAUAUUCUACGAGAACUGAUAAUCCAAGACCCAGAUAGAUGGUCUUUACCAGUUCAUAUUGUAAAUGCAUUUUAUAAAGAAAAUUCAAAUCAUAUAUUUUUUCCUGCUGGUAUACUUCAAAGUCCAUUAUAUCAUCAUGAACAACCGUUAUCAUUAAAUUUUGGUGGAAUUGGUAUGGUUGUUGGACAUGAAAUAACUCAUGCUUUUGAUCAACAUGGUGCUAAAUUCGAUGCUAAAGGAAAUAUGCGAGACUGGUGGAGUGCAGAAACAUUGUCAGCUUUCGAAAAAAAUUCACAAUGUAUGAUUGAUCAGUACAGUAAUUAUUCAAUUCUUAAUACAAGUCUUAAUGGAAAAAUGACAUUAGGUGAAAACAUCGCUGAUAACGGAGGUCUUAAAGCAGCCUAUAAAGCAUUUAAAAAGUUGGAAGCCAAAUAUUCCGACAAACCUAUAUUGCCUGGUUUAAAAUUCACUCCAGAUCAGUUAUUUUUCAUUGGAUUUGCCCAGAUCAAUUUUUACUGGAACAAACUGAUCGCUCAUUGGUUAUCGUUUUCAGAGUUCAGGUCACACUUCGAUAUGGUAACCGAUUAGUAUCAUAAACCUUCAAAACAGAAUACUUAAAUCUGAACAAUGUUCCUGAUUUAGAAGAAACGUUUUGAUAUGGAGGAAAUUCUCGAAAGAAACAUUGGUUUGACUAUAAUUUUGUACUGUAAAUUGAUUUGACCACCAUGAAAGCCAAUGAUAUCGAAUAGUCAUGAACUUUAUAAUGAUGACCAUAAGCAGUGAUUCAAUUUUUAUGUUUUUUUUAAGAUCGUACGUGCAGCUGGAAAGUUUUGAUAGCUGGUAGUGUAAGGUCACCUUUCACAGAUAUAGGGUAUUUUUCUUCAUACCGAAGAGUGGUUAUUUGCUUAGCAUCGCCUCACUGAUGUCGUGUGCCUACAUAUUUCAUAUUUCCAGUUAACAGGUAUAUUCCUGUGAUUUUUAUGCAUACAAGGUUUAUUUUACUUUAAUUAGCCGUUUUUCAAUGGAUGCUAAAAUCAAAUAAUCCAAAUAAACAUUUCGUAUUGAUGUGUAUAAAUCGCUUUUUCUUGUUCAGUGGUUACAUAGUGCUUCCAUGUAAUUUUCAAUCGUUUGUUUAAAAAGUCUCGCUAACUUUGGAUUUUGAAACUUGUACCCAUGUAAAUUGUCAUUGAGAGAAUGAGAUCAGGCAAUUUUUAAUUUAUACUUUUUUUAAACUGAUUCCUGGUUAUGAAUUAUAUCAGAAUACAAAUGAUUUCGUUAAGCUGUAAUUGAUAAUUCCGUUUAAAAUAUAACGGUCUUUCUAAUAACUUACUACCAAAUUCUAAAAUACACACCAGUGUAUUAAAACUAAAAGUCUUUAUUAAAAAAAAAGAUAGAAGCUUCAAACAUGUCCAUUUGAAGAACCAACGGUAAAUGAAUUCCAAACGAAAGUGAAAGAAAAUAAAACGAAAAACAUUAUCAGUAGUCCGGAAUAAAUCGUUUAUAAUUCCUUGUGAUAUUGAUAGUCAUAUUUUCAAAAUUUCUACGAUAAAACAUGUUCGGCUAAAUAUUGGGAAUUGAAAAUUUCAAUUGAAACCUGUGAAGCUGUUGAAUUAGACUAUAUAAGGGUCAAUAUCUUCAGGUAAAUUUAUAGCUCCGUCUUUAUCUUGAAAAUAUAUAUAUUAGAUUGAGUACAUACUGCGACUUAUUAGGGUCAAUCAAUCAGCAUAUAAAAUUAGAGUGAUAUACAUUGAAAAAGAAAACAUUUCACCUAUACGUUUCAUCAUCAAUGCUAAAAGCAAUUAGUGUUGUGCCUCAUCAGUUCUGAAUUUAGCUACUACAAGUUUUCUCUAAACACCGUCACUAAUUAACAAUUUUUGGUGUCAAGUCUAAAUUAUAAAACGAGUUUGGUUAAUUAUUGAAAAUUUAAAUUUUAAGCUGAAACCUGUGAAGUUGUAGAAUUAGCUGAUAUCUUCAAUCAAAUGGUCGCUGUAAACAUUAUUUUAUGAUUGUUAAACACUUAGGUAUGUCAGUCUUAAUGACUAAUUCUGACAAACCUUCAGUUAUCAAUAAAAUAUGUAGUGUAUCAGCUAUUUUUGCAUAUCAGUUAUAAAAUGUAUAACAACUAGCAUACUUGAGUUUUACUGAUUUUAUGGUUACAUGUAUUCUAUUUUUUAAAACUUGAUCUAUACAUUUAUGUUAAACACACUGGUAUGUAUUUUAUAUUAUUAUAUUAUUUUAUUCCCAAUUUAUCUCCAAAUUUUAGUUAUGGUGUAUUAAAAGCCUCCCUCAAUCAGUUCUUAAUACUGUGCUUUUUGAUGUUCAUACAGUGGAGCAGUACAGAGUAAUUGGCACCAUAACAAAUUCAAAAGAAUUUGCUAAAGUUUUCAAUUGUCCUGCAGGAUCACCAAUGAAUCCUGUAAAGAAAUGUCAUGUUUGGUAAAUAUUAUUACGUAUUAUAAUUUUAAACAAAACGCUAUGUUUCAAUCCUAUUAUUCCAUCUCAUUCCCAUUUUGGAUAAUUUGGGCAAUUUCACAUAAACAAUUCUUCAUCAGUAUUAUCACUAUCGUCUUUGUUGUUGAAAUGAUCUUUAUUGUUAUCAUUAUUAUUAUUAUUUAUAUUCGUACAAAUUUUUAUGCAAAUAAAUGAAACGUGAUUAAGCUCAAUUCCAAUACUUGAUAAUAAAUGUCUUUUAAUUAUGUCAAUAUAUUCCUAAGUAGAUGGAUGUGCUUGUGCGUGUGUGCGUGUGUGUAUGUGUAGUUCCCUUUGUUUUGUUGUUUUUAUUAAGGGGAAAUAUAAACUUUCAAUCUAAAUGUAUUCAUAUGGUUAUAUACUCUUAUAUGUGUAAAUGUUAAUGUGCUUAUUUGUAUGGAAUAUAUCUGUAUGUGUAUGUGUAAAUUCAUUUACAUUCAUACAUGAAGAUCUUUAUCAAUCGACAAUUCCUAUCAAACUAAUGAACAUUGAAUUUGUGAUCUUACAUAAUCGUUUGUAAUUUUCAAGAUUUUUCACUAUGAUUAAUAAUCAGAUUUGUAGUGGAUAUAAUUUUUUUUCUUUUUUUCUUUCUUUUUUUGUUAGUUCUUGUUUCAGUCUUUUUUUUCUAAUUACAUGAUUAAACUAAAAUAAAAUAAUCAUUCGCUUCAGUUAUAUUUCUUUUGUGCUUUUUUUGUAUUCUUCUGUGAAUAUUUUGUGCCUGACCUUGAAAUGAAUAAAGAGGGGAACAAAAGAGAAAAACACAGUAAAACAAUCUAUUUUAGUAAAGUUCUUAUCAUUUACACAUUAAGAAAACCUAAUAUUUGUAUUACAGUGUAUUCAACAUGUUUUUUUUAUUAUUUAUUUUAUUGUCCAAGCAUAAAAUGUUUUUUUAAAAGGAAUAAUGCAAUGGCAUAUAUAUGUGGUCCAGUUUUCUGUUCAAUGAUGAAUAAUGUAUUCAAUAGUUAUUGUGAUUUUAUCCUCAUUCUCACUGUUUGAUCGUUCAGUUAUGUGAAAAUCUAUUAAGUUAACCAAUAAUAUUUUUUUGUUGAAACUCCAAUGGUAUUCGUCAUCGUACAUGUUACAUUUGUUUAAACAUAUGAUAAAUCUUGGUUCAUCUUUAGACCUAAGGGGGGUCUAUGACUUUGACUAAUAACAGAUUAGCUAGCGCUUUAUGAAUAAAAAGUGUAAAUACUAGCGAAAUAAAACAUGUCAUGUUUUAUAGUAAAGCUUGAUAUUGUUGAAAGUAAUGCUAAAGUGCUUUGAGCAUGGAUGAAUACUGUAAACAUAUUAUGUAAUUUGUAAAUAAAGCAAUUCAGGAGGUCGACAUCCUACUGUUUUCUAUAAAGUUAAUGACUGAUUUAUUAGGUAAGCUCAUUGAACAUUGUUAGGG